AUGCGAGCAUCAUUAGCUCUAUUGGCUGGCCUGGCUGCCAGCCCAGCUUUGGCUGGGUGCCCAUAUGGCUUUGACAAGAGAUCAGAUGCCGACGACCAUGCGAAACUCCAAGCUCAUGCCAACAUGCGCCGAAGUGUUCCUUCUUCCAGCGUUGCUUCCGCCGCCCCGACUACCAGCAGCACCACUGAUGGCAGCAAAGGUGUCUUUAUGAUGAAUCGAAUUGCUCCCGGCACCUCCGACCUGUACAUCGCCAAUGCAGAUGGUACAAAUGAGCGACAGCUUCUCUCAGACCCGGUAUUUGAGUACCAUGCUUCAUUUUCGCCCGAUGGAGAGUGGAUCACAUUUACUUCGGAACGAAACGGCGACGGAAAUUCUGAUAUCUAUCGCGUCCGACCAAACGGUACCGAUCUCGAGAAGAUGGUCGCCACAUCUUCAGUUGAAGACUCCGUUAUCAUGUCUCCCAAUGGAAGUAUGGCUGCUUAUGUUUCCACUGCCAACAACAUGAAAGCAAACAUCUGGAUCAUGGAUAUGGUGACCGGAAAGAAAUGGAAUAUCACGGACAACGCGCUCACAGCAUUCAACUCAUCAUUGAUGGGUGGCUACUUUCGCCCCGCUUGGUCUCCUGAUGGAGAGUGGAUUGCAUUUUCAUCGGAUCGCAAUACGCAAUGGAGUGGUCAUGGAGAACCAACCUAUCUUGGUCUCACUGGAUGGGAAACGACACAAGAGCUCUCCAUCUACGUGAUCCGCCCAGAUGGCACAGACUUCCGCCAGAUCGCUACCAAGCCAUACUACUGCCUGGGAUCUCCCAAGUGGUCCAAAGAUGGCAAACGUCUUGUCUACUACGAGAUGACCCGCGAGGACACCUACAACGCGCACAGCUCAUUUACUCUCGCAUCGGCCAACUCCACCAUCGUCUCCGUGGAUGUUGCGACAGGUAAAGAUCGCAAGGUGGAAGCAUCUGGUGCCGGCAUCAAGAUUUUCCCUCAGUACAUCGACAACAACGGAACCAUUGCCUAUUUGCUCAAGAGCGGUGAUUCCAAUGAAGGUUUCUACACCACUUCUGGUUCGUUCACCAACUUCACUGGCACCGUGCGCUCACCUUGCUGGUCUCCCGAUGGCAAGCAAGUUGUGUACGAGAAGACAACUUGGGUGAUUCGCGAUGGCUACAAGAAACUUUACAGCUGGGACCCUGAAUGGGACUACCGCUUCACCGAUGUCUUCCCCCAAUACUCCUCCGUGGAUGAUCGAAUUGUCAUUACUCAAAAGCAACUUGGAAAUUCUUCCAUCGUGACCCUGAACACCACCGGAGGAGACCUGAGCCUGGUCUACGACCCCAGCACAGCUGACUUCCUCACCUCCUCCCAAACCUCUGGCGCUGCCGCCUACAACCCUAACUGGUCUCGCGACGGCGAGUGGCUUGUUUUCGGAGUUGGAUUCUGGUUCGAGACUCGCGAAGCAUCUGGUGGCUGGAUUGUGCGAUCAACCGCCAACGGUUCUUACUCCGAGGUUAUCGUCGACAGUGCAUACUCCAUCACAAACAGCACCACCCUCAACAAUGGCUACCCUAGCUUCUCGCACGACGGAAAGAAGGUGGUAUACCGUGUCUGGGGUGCUGACACAGCAACCUACGGCAACAAGUCUGAAAUUGGUCUCAGAAUCCUCGACCUCGAGACGAGAAAGACGACUGUCUUGACUACUGAAUGGGAUAACCUGCCUGAGUACUCCCCUGAUGGAGAACUCAUCCUCUUCACCCGGAAAACAAGUGCAUCCAACUACGAUGUUUGCACAAUCCGUCCUGAUGGAACCGACCUCAAGGUUCUGACUACUAGCGGUGCCAAUGAUGCACAUGCUGUCUGGUCUCAUGACGGUCGCAUUAUGUGGUCCACUGGUAUGAACGGCUUCCGGUAUGAGUGUGCGCUUUAUGAUGAUACUUUCCAGCCUUACGGCCAGAUCAUGAUCAUGGACAAGGAUGGUUCAAACAAGACACCUCUGACGGAUUCCAUGUGGGAAGAUUCCAUGCCGUUGUAUCUCCCCAAGGCUGUUCUAUGA